UCUUCAAUGCCUUGUUCUCCAGGAUGAACAACGUUGACUACCCUCGCCAUUACCGCCUCUUGUAUUCACCAUUUCCUUGUCAAUCACCCGAUAUAUUCAAGCUGACACACCUUCCGACGGUAUCACUUACGAUGAUGGCAGCUUACGUGGUUCAUCUUCUUUUUCGAGCUCUACUGAAUGCAAGAUCACGUUGUGGAUAAGAAUAUAGUCCACUGCCUUUCUCAGUUCUUUGACUGCGCCUUCCUGGUGCUUUAUACAUGCUGUAUGCCAUGCCUCUAAGGCGUGCUCUCGCAUUCCUACGCUCCUGCCACAUCCACGACUUUGGGGUUUGUUUAGGGAACGCCGAAUGCAAACAUCCUGGGCAAUAGCAUUGGCUUGUGGGAACACUUAUAUCGUCUUCAUGCUAUGGGCAUCGAAAUUGACGCCCUCAACUCCAAGUCUUCUCGCAUCGAUAAAUCUCCAGCAGGGUGUCAGUCUUCUUUUUGCGUAAAAACUACAAAGACAUAUUGUACAAAAAUAAAACCAAAACUCAGCGAUAUCCUCAUACACCAGCCUAUCUGUUCACGCCAGUUAAAGGCAAGAAAAAAUCCGCGCUUUGUUCGCCGUUGGUCGCAUGGUUCAUCCGACGAUGCAUUUCUCAACAUGCAAUACAAUGAUCCUCGCAUUGGCCUCGACAAAGCGAUUCAGAACUUCAUUCAAGUGCUAGAACGAUACUCAGAAAAGCAUCACCUCUACAGCGCUGCUGUUAGGACAUUAAAUUUCGCUUUGGGUGCUUUCCUGGGGAAAAAAGAACUUGCAAUAGACUAUGAUCUCGCUAUCAAUUGCGACGAUGCAGAGCAAAAAAGGCAUGCUUUUCGCGUGAUCGACUUCAAAGACAUAGCUGGCCUUCUCCAGGCCCGAUAUCGGAAACAGGACCAAGUUGCAGACUUGGAACUGGCUGUUAAAUAUCUCAACGAAGCUGUAACAUUGUUUCCGCGGGGCACUGACACACACUUGAGCCUACUGAAAGACCUGGGAUUAGCAUCGUAUAAUCUAUUCGCAAAAAGCAAUAAUAUCAAUGACCUUGAAUCUGCUAUUAAUGUCUUCACCGACGCCAUGUGUUUAACCCACCCACACCACUCUGAUCGUAUCACUCUUCUCACAAACCUUUGUGCUGCCUUCUGGAGUCGGUAUAAUCAUGGCGAUGAGACUGCAGAAUAUGCAGAUCUCGAAUUGGCUAUUAAACAUCUCGCUGAUGCUCUGCGACUUUCCAGUCCUGAUCAGUCCGACUAUGCUGGCGUGCUAAACAAUCUUGGUGGUGCUUUGUUCACUCGUUCUAGAAGGCAGAUCGACAGUCAGGAUUUGAAGCUCGCAAUUGUCUACCUAUCGGAAGCAGUCUCUCUCCCCCAUCAUCCCGAUCGUCUCAGCUCUUUCAUAAACCUUAGUGGUGCUCUAGAAACACGUUGGCCGAGGGCGACAUUGAAGCGUUCUACUUCGCUUAACAGUCUAGGACUCGUAGUGAGAGACCUUUAUUACGAGUUUGGUGAUGCGAAGGACCUUAAUCUAGCUAUUACGUACUUCGAGCAAGCUCUACAAGCACGACAAUUCUCACCUAAUAACACAGAGGGAGACACGCUACUUAAGAAUCUUGCUGUAGCUUUCUCGGAUCGCUUCAAUCUAUCCAAAGACGAAGAAGACCUCGAACUAGCUAUCAAGUACUUCUACGAUGCUCUUGCUGUUUCUCCUCCAGGGCACCGGGAUCAUGCCAGUUCGUAUAACAAUCUCGGUGGUACGUUCCACAGUCGCUAUGGCCAUUCCCAUAACAUGGUCGAUUUGAACAUGGCCAUCGACUAUAUGACCAAUGCCGUGGAGCUGUGCCCAUCUGGUCAUCCUCGUCGCCCUUCGUUUAUCCUUAACCUUGCUAACGUCCUACUAUUGCGUUUCGAGUCUCUCCAUGAUCCUGCCGACUUCAAUCUCAUUUUGACUCAUCUCGAUUGUGCAAAAGUCCUUCUGCCACUCGACCAUCCUGGAUUGUACAUCGCAUACCUCACUUAUAAGUCAGCGUAUUUCCAGAAGUACUUCAUGCACCACAGAGAAGAUGAUCGAGAAGAAGGUCUUCGGUAUUGCCACAAAGCCGUUAAUCAUCCCACUGCCAGUACGAAGCUCCGAUUAUCGUCUUCGUUGGAAUGGAUCUCUUUGGCGCGAGGACAUGCAUCUCAGCUAACGGCAUACGCAACUUCAUUACGUUUGCUUGAUCUCCAUGUUGUACUUGCGCCCUCCCUUGCCUCCCGUCAUCAAAUCCGUGGAACUGCUGUUUCUCCGACGUUAGCUUCAGAUGCGGCAUCUUGUGCAAUUGAAAGAGGGUUGUCGCAUGUAGCAAUAGAGCUCCUAGAGCAAGGAAGAGCAUUGCUUUGGGCGCAACUAGCACGAUUUCGUACGCCUCUCGACAGACUUCGUGCUCUUGGUGUUAAAGAAAGGGAUCUUGCUAACAGGUUCGACUAUCUAAGCCGGCUUCUUGAACGAGGUGGGGCUUCUCCCAAUAAAGUUUUCCAUGCGUCAACGAAUGAAGAGGCAUACACACAUCGAGGAUUGAGACGAGAAUGGGACAGUGUAGUCAACGAGAUUAGGCAGAUUGAUGGUUUUAGCAAUUUUUUGCAGCCUACUCCAUUUGCUGAACUUCAAAAAGCGGCUAGUCACGGACCUGUCAUUAUUGUCAACACUAGCCAAUAUCGUUGCGACGCCAUUAUCGUCUUCGAGAUUGGACCAAUCAAACUCGUCCCAUUAGGCAUAACUAGCCAAGCCGUUGCAUCGCUGUCAGCAGUGUUUGCAGAAGCCCUCAGACACACAGUAGGACUAGGUGAAGAAAAACAGAGGGAGCAGCAAAUAACCCCCAUAUUGCGUGAUCUAUGGGAAUUCAUUGUUCAUCCCAUCGUGCAAGCAUUACAGGACAUUGUGCCCAGAGGCUCGCGAAUUUGGUGGUGCCCAACUUCUCGACUGACUUCCUUGCCUUUGCAUGCUGCGGGGCCGUACCCGAAAGGACAGCCAAACUUGUCAUCUAUUUACAUAUCAUCCUAUACUCCUACCUUAUCCGCAUUGAUCAGGUCAAGGCAUGAACUUGUCAUCUCCAAGACUCAGUCCUUUCUUGCCAUUGGGCAGGCAAGGCCGAGUAGGAAUAACGAGCAGGGUGAGCUCAAGUCCGUCGAGAAGGAGCUAGAAGCCGUCAGGAAAUUAAUCUUUCCAUCGAUGCCUUUUCGCCAGCUCAAAGGCGAAGAGGCAACCGGGGAAGCUGCAAUAUGCGGGUUUCGAGAUCAUAGCUGGAUUCAUCUUGCAUGUCACGGAAAACAGGACACGUUAAAUCCAUAUGAUUCCUACUUUGCCAUGCAUGAAAACCCACUACGCCUGGAGAUCAUUAUUCAAGCCGAUCUUGUGCAUAGAGAAUUCGCAUUUUUAUCAGCUUGCUACACGGCUGUGGGUGACGAGAAUAUGCCUGAUGAAGUCAUACACUUAGCGGCUGGAAUGCAGUUUUCAGGCUUUCGUAGUGUCAUCGGGACGAUGUGGGCUGUUGAUGAUGAAGUGGUAUAA